AUGAAUAUUCAAAUUAAUAAAACAUUAGAAAUUAAUGAUAAUGAUAUAUACGAAAAUGAUUACAAAUAAAAAAAAAUUAAAAAACGUAUGUUAAAAAUGAAAAAUUAUUUUAUAUUUCAAAGAAACCUUGCUUUCUUUUUCAACUUUGUUGUUCAAGAAAUUAUUAAAUUACAAACAAAAAUUAAAUUAGCAAAUGCUAAGUAUUAUCGAUUAAUCUAUGUGAUUACUAAAAAUUAGAUGAUUUAUCUUGAAAUUAUUGUUAAAAAAUUAAAAAGUAAGGAUCAAGAUAACUUUAAAAAAUAAAAAUGGGAAAAAUUUUUAGAAUCCUAAGUAAAAUAAGAAAUUAAUAUUAUAGGAAUAUCAAAAAUUAAUACAAUAAAUUUAAAUGGAUGAAAAAAAUUCCUUCGAUUUCUUUAAUUAAAUAUCUAAGAAUUGUAAUAUAGUUCAGCAAGAGGAAUUAAUGAAUGGAAGAGUAAAAAGUGAGACUUUAAGUUUAAUUGAGAAUUUCUAAUCCAUACAAAACAAUAUCUUUGAAGCAAAUGACACUUUUCUUAAAUUAUAUAGAGAUAUUAUUGAAGAAAACUUAAAAUUGAUAAAAAAUCUAAAUAGCAAAGAAAUUGAGAUCAAAUUUGCUACUUCUCUAUCUAUUAAUAUGUUUAAAUCCUUAUGA